CAGAGAGCAAUGCACUGGGAAAGACCCCAUUAAACUACAGCAAUCCUGGGAAGAUCCCUGCAAUGGGUGCCCCAUCUUCCCUUUUAUUCAGCACCGCACAUUGGAGGACUGUGCCCUUUCUAUUGGCCUUUUGGGUGCUUCUAUCCACGGGGACUGCUGAAGACCCAACAAUGACUCCUGAAUUCCUUCGACACAUAUCUGAGAAAAUUCCUGAGGAGUAUCAGAAUCCACAUUGCUUUACACGGGACCUGAAUGAUUUUAUCUGCUUCUGGGAGGGAGAAAGAAGGAAAAAUGCAUCCUAUUCCUAUUCUGAAGAUGACCAAAUAAAGUGGUGCCAGCUCAGGACAGAGGUUGCAUCUAAUAACACAUGGUGGUACAUCUGUGAGUUUCCAGUAACUGAUGUUGUCCUUUUCGCUGGGAUCACCAUCUCUGCAUACCCGUGCCACAAGUGCCAGACUGCCAGGGAGAUCUAUAUUAAUGAACUUGUGUUGCUGAAUCCCCCUUUAAAUGUGACGGUAAAGGAGAAGCAGGAUCCACGGGGACUUCUGAUAUCAUGGAAACCCCCACACUUUCAAAAGAAUCACGACAUAAACAACGAGAUCAAAUAUCAGGUCAACUAUUCGACUCCAGGUGCUGAUGUGCAGACGGUGGAGGUGGAAGCAGGAAAUACAGAGAUUUUUCUCACUGACAUUGUCCCAGCUGCAUACACUGUCACAGUAAGAUGCAAAGCAGAUGGUGUUUCAUAUAACGGCUACUGGAGUGAUUGGACGGCACCUAUUACCAUAGCGACCAUUAUUGAUCUACGCCUUCUUCUGUUGUUGAGUAUUGCUAUUUUUGUGGCCUUAAUCGCUGGAGUUGGAGUUUACAUCUUCAUGAGACAUGGCAUGUACCUAAAACACAAGGUCUGGCCGCAGGUUCCCACCCCAGAGAAUAAUUUCCAGGGGCUCUUCACAACACAUAAAGGAAAUUUUAAGCUAUGGCUUGGUCAGGCCGAUGCCUACCUAUUGUGGAUCUCCAGACAUGUCUUUCAAGAAGAUCCCUCAUCUACACUGGAGGUCCUUUCUGAGCUCCCCCCUGCUGCACUUCCACAAUCUUUCAACCCGAAUCCAUUGAAGGACAGUUAUGUGGUUUUGGACGAGAAUCGUAUGCCUUGCUCUCUGGAGUGGUUAGAGGCUCAAAGGCAUAAAACUGUCAUAGUGGGUGCUGAAAGCAUGGACUCCAGAUUGCAGACUGUAAAUAAAGAUGUUGUAUUGGAGGACACCAGCAAGGGGCAGAUUGCAGUAAAGGCAAACAACAGAGUGCACUCUCUGGAAGGGGACGGAAGUCAAGGUGAAGCCUUUAGAGAAGAUGAAUAUGUGGAGGCUCCAAGGAUGGAGCAUGAACGACAUAGAGUUUCUAGAGAAAAUUCUGUGAGCUCCGAUGGGAAGCAGAGCAUUCCCUCAAGUUUUGAGUAUACUGAACUACAGACUUGUGAGGGUCUCCUCUCUCCCAAACCAAGGCCUGUCCCACCCCGUAUGCCUCUGAAGUAUGCCUACCUUGAUAUGUCUAGCUCUGGUGAGCACAGCCCUCCACCAUCUCCCAACUUUUAUCAGAACAGUCCGAUCACAAACUUCUUGGCCCCUAUAUACUCACAAAGCUGAUGACAGGUUCCAUGGAAAAAACCUUGGUAAAGAACAGCCUUUAAUAAUAUUUGAACAGAGGAACAUCAUGUAGACAGGAGGUAAAUGAUGAGAAAGAUAAACUGGCAUGAAUAUGAAUGGAACUAAGCAUAAAUGAAAGCCUGCCUGUACAAAAAACUGUUCAGAAAUAAUACAAUUAACAUGUUUCUUCAUUUUCAUCAUUUAUUUAGCACCUCCAAGUUACUCGAGACUUUAAAGUGAUAGUCAUGGGAAAAUAUGUUUUUUUCAAAACGCAUCAGUUAAAAGUGCUGCUCCAGCAAAAUGCUUCACUGAAAUCCAUUUUUCAAAAGAGCAAACUGAUUUUGUUAUAUUCAAUAUUGAAAUCUGACAUGGGGCUACACAUAUGCCCCCAGUCAUGUGACUUGUGCUCUGAUAAACCUCAGUCACUCUUUACUGCAAGUUGGAGUGAUAUCACCCCCUCCCUUUCCCCCCCCCAGCAGCCAAACAACAGAACAAUGGGAAGGUAACCAGAUAGCAGCUCCCUAACACAAGAUAACAGCUGCCUGGAAGAUCUAAGAACAGCACUAAAUAGUAAAAGCCAAGUCCCACUGAGACUGAUCCCACUGAGGAAAAACAACAGCCUGCCAGAAAGUAAUUCUGUCCUAAAGUGCAGACACAAGUCACAUGACUGGUGCAGCUGGGAAACUGACAAAAUGUCUAGCCCCAUGUCAGAUUUCACAAUUGAAUAUAAAAAAAUCUGUUUGCUCUUUUGAGAAAUGGAUUUCGGUGCAGAAUUCUGUUGGAGCAGCACUAUUAACUGAUUUUCCAUGACAGUAUCCCUUUAAACAUAUUGACAAACAAUGAUGAGAACAAGGGAUGUGAGGGACUUGCUCUCAGCUUACAAUCUUAGACUUCAGCAAAAUGCGGUGGUUGGCUAAUGUGUGCGCAGCUUUAGUGACUCAUUCAUCACUGAAGAUGACCUUUAUGAACAUAUUAGGACAAAGUCCUAAUCUCGCUAGGGUAGUCAAGCAGAUGGCCUUCACCAGAGAACCAUGCAUCCAGACCACAAAUACUGGAUAUACCCAUUGCAUGUACAUAUUUGUAUAUAAACCUUGUUGUUGCAAGACAAAGAACUUGAUUUCAAAAUGUAUUUCAUUAUAUUUCCCCCCUCCAUUUUUAAAGGUGUGUGGGGGCGGAGGAAAAUCAUAGACCUGUUAACCAGAGCCGGAACUAUGGGUAGGCAAGAAGAGAAAUCUGCAUAGGGGGCAAUAAUGGGGGAGCUGAGCAGGUACCUAUUUUGCCUACUCCAAGUCCAGGCUCCCAUGCCCUUGUCGCAACUUAUCACUGCAUGCUCACCACCCCCCUGAUGUCACCUCACAUGCAUGCACGGGAGGGGGGCGGGGGCCAGCCGGCUUGGUCCCCUCUUUUCUUAAUCCCAGAGCCUUCCCAAAAAAAUGCUAAGUAUUGAAUAAAUAAUCUUAUUUUUUCUUAUAUUUACUACUUUUGCUUUUACUAUUUGUACUAUAUGUUCUUUUUUAAAAUUUUGUAAUAAAAAUACUAUUUUCUUA